UCGCCCCGAAUCGGGAAUCGGGCGUCCCGGGCCCUUCUCCUUCCUCGCUGUCGGCCCGCCCAGAUGAUGCGCACAGCCACCCCGAUGACACAUGGCACACGGCGGGGCCCAGAUGAUGCUCAGUCUCUCUACUGAUAUACUCCUCACCUUGCUCCCCCAUUCCUCUGUCUCUGUGUGUGUAACUAACUGUAUAUGCAGCCACUCUCUCCUGUCAUCCUGUGUCCUCGUCCUUUCCACCCAAAAUCCCCGAUCCUCGAAUCGAUUAAACCCUAAGCGGCAUGGCGGGUAGCGACUACUGCCGGCCGGCAGUGCGCCCGCGCGACUUCUGAGCCACCGGAAGCCGCCCUUGUCCCGGCUCCACUGUCGCGUGCCCCAUCCAACACUGGGGGAGUGGGAGUUCAGAGCCGCAAACGCUCAGGGCAACCGGGAGGACGGGAAGGUGUGGCCGCAACCGCAAGACGCAGGCAAGAGGCAAUCAACUCACCGAUGUCUCAGUCACCGGGAGGACGGGAAGGCAUAUAUUACAGCAGGCAGAGGAAACCUUCGGAACGCAACGGCAGUGUAUUUACACCCAUAGCUGCAAUGUAUCCCAGCGGUCACGCACUUCCUGAUGCAAACAGGAACCACAGUUUGGUAUUUGGCGGUACGAGCAAGGACUGGGACAACAUCCGUCAGUUCAUUGCUAGUCUGGAACGCGCCUCUGAAAACUCCUCUGCGAUAGCCAGCAAAACCGGAGGUGGCAAAUCGACCAACCAUUCCGUGGAGCCAGCCGAACAAAAAGGAAAGGGUGACAUAAUAGUUCUCGAUUCAGAUGAUGAGGAUGGAGAUGGAAACAGUCCAGAACACAAUAAGUUGGCAUCUGAGAUGAACAAAGAACUCGGAACAUCUGUAUUGGCUAGUAAUAUCGCAGAAAGGAUGGCAACUAAUGGGAGCCAAACAUUUGAAACCGUGCAUGCUUAUGGAGGUAGUAAGAACACGCAGAUUGUUCCGUAUGGCCAAGGUUCUGCUCUGGUGAAUCAGUUUCCUUUGCAAACCAGUUGGCAACCAUCUAUUCAGUUUGAGAGAGUUGUGUUGACGAAAAGGCCUGAGGAGCAGCGGAUGCAAGAUCUUGUGGCUGCUACCAUAGCGGAGAAGAGGGCAGAAACACAAAUGUUCCUAUCACUUCCUACGGAGAGAAAGCGAAGGAGAACAGACCAUAGUUUGUUGAUGCUUGACUCAUUUGUCCCUAAACAAAGAAGAAGAAAAGGUGACACAGGUCUAGCACCAGCUGAUUUGUCAUUGGAUUUACAUCAAACUGCUACAUCACAAGAACCUGACAUAGCUAUAGAGGAAGAAGAGAAACGUAAAAAUGAUGGUGAUGGUCUUGAGGAUUAUUGGAAAGAUUUUGCAUUGGCUGUUGAAAGCACAAAGCUUGACGAUGUUGACGAGGCGGCGGCAAAUGAAAAGGAAGAUAAUGGAAAGAUGGAGGACAUCGACUGCAACCAUGACAUUCGGAUUCAUGAAGAUUUGGGCCAUGUAUGCCGUGUGUGUGGUAUGAUUGUGAGAAGAGCUGAUUCAAUAAUUGAUUACCAGUGGAAAAAGGCUUCAAGGAGAAGAAUGAAUGGCUAUGGAGGAAAUUCAAAGGAUGCUGAUGAGAUAGACUGUGGUACUGUCAAACUGUCUGAAGAUUUCAUAGUUGCAGAUAUUGCUAUUCAUCCUAGACACGCUCAGGCAAUGAAACCACAUCAGGUGGAAGGUUUCAACUUUUUGGUUAAGAAUUUGAUUGGAGACAAGCCUGGAGGUUGCAUUCUUGCUCAUGCCCCAGGUUCAGGGAAAACAUUUUUGCUUAUAAGCUUCAUUCAGAGCUUCAUGGCAAGGUAUCCAUCUGCAAGGCCCCUUGUUGUGCUGCCUAAAGGGAUACUAGUUAUAUGGAAGAAAGAAAUUCAACGAUGGCAAGUGCAGGAUAUACCAGUGUACGAUUUCUACUCUGUAAAGGCUGAAAAAAGAGUAGAACAGUUGCAAAUCCUCAAAUCUUGGGAGGACAAGAUGGGUAUACUGUUUCUUGGAUACAAGCAGUUCUCCACAAUCGUCACUGAUGAUGGGGGCAGCAAGGUAACAGCUGCAUGCCGGGACAGGCUGCUUAAGGUUCCCAACCUUCUGAUACUUGACGAGGGUCAUACACCUAGAAAUAAGGAGACUGAUGUACUAGAGUCGCUAAGUAGAGUAGAAACACCACGCAAAGUGGUUCUCUCAGGUACACUUUUCCAGAAUCAUGUUGAGGAAGUGUUUAAUAUCUUGAAUCUUGUCCGCCCAAAGUUUCUUAGGAUGGAAUCGUCACGCCCUAUUGCCAGACGUAUAAUGAGUCAGGUUGAAAUAUUUGGCAGAAGUUCAAAAGGGCUUGCUGAUGGCGCAUUCACUGAGGCAGUUGAAGGAACCUUGUUGAACGAUGAAAACUUCAAGAGAAAAGUUCAUGUUAUUAGAGGUCUUAGAGAACUAACAAGGGAUGUGCUUCACUAUUAUAAGGGCGCUAUAUUAGAUGAACUACCUGGCUUAGUAGACUUCAGUGUGUUUUUGAAGCUCACACCCAAGCAGAAGGACAUUGUUCACAAGUUGGAAAUGCAUGAUAGGUUCAAAAGAAGUGCAGUAGGGAGUGCACUGUACAUCCAUCCUUGUCUUUCAGGACUUUCAGAGGUUAAUGCUGAGAACAGGGCUCACACCUUGAGAGAUGAUUCAGUUGAUAGUCUGAUGGAUUCCAUCAAUGUGAGAGACGGCGUGAAGGCCAAUUUUUUCAUGAAUAUCCUGUCACUUGCUAAUUCCGCAGGAGAGAAAGUACUUGCUUUUAGCCAAUAUAUACUUCCCAUGACCUUCUUUGAAAGGCUGCUGGUUAAGAAGAAGGGCUGGCAUGUGGGGAGAGAGAUUUUCAUGAUCUCUGGCGACACUAGCCAAGAAGACAGAGAAGCGGCAGUGGACCGUUUCAACAGCUCCGCUGAUGCGAAGGUUCUGUUCGGUUCGAUCAGGGCAUGUGGAGAGGGCAUUUCCAUCGUCGGCGCGUCGAGAGUCGUCAUUCUGGACGUUCACCUGAACCCAUCUGUCACCCGUCAGGCGAUCGGGCGCGCGUUCAGGCCUGGCCAGCAGAAGAAAGUGUUCGUGUACAGGCUCGUAGCUGCCGACUCUGACGAGGUGAAGGUCCACGAGACGGCGUUCAAGAAAGAAGUCAUACAGAAGCUGUGGUUUGAAUGGAGCGAGCAGUGUACCACGGAAAACUUCAAGCUUGGUCAAGUCGAUAUCGACGACUCUGGGGACGAGCUAUUGGAUACCAGAGCGAUCCGCCAGGAUAUCAAGGCGCUGUACAGAAGGUGAAGGCUCCCCCCCUCCCUCCCUCCCUCCCUUUCUUAACCCCAAUGAUGUUUUGCACGCUGGUCGCUGGUAGCCUCAACUGGUGUCUUUGUAGGUAGGUAACAAACUUCGUGGCCGAUGGACACCAUGUAAAUACUGGCGGUGCUGAUCAAUGAGAAGAGUUUUUUUUUCCUUGUACAAUCGCGCUUUAAAUUACAUCAUGAAAAUAAUGCUCCGCAUUCCAUUCCAUUUUAUGGUCAACAGAUACUGGCUUCUCUACAGACCUGAGUUUGCUCUAAAACUAGGACUUUUCAAGCUAUAUCUGUGGAAUGGUUUCUUUUCUUU